GAAGCGCAAACAGAUCUGCAGCGUCCUCCGUGCAAUCAUGUUCUGUCAUCUCGGAUGGUAUCUGCUCCUGGGAUGCUUGCUGCUGGACUUAGAUGGGCGGCAUGUGCAGGGUCAAAGGCGGCGCAAAGAAAAGCAAAAUGUGCUGCGCCGACGAGGAGCCACUCGAGGAGAUGGGACUCUGCCUUCACGAACCAAUCGUAAAGGUGCAGUGGAUAUCUUUGUUGUGGAUGAAGACACUGAAUUAUUGGACCUGAUCUCGCCAAUGGGUGGACAAGCCAACCCUUCAUGGAAGCCUUUUAAAAAUGAACAGAAGGAGAAGCCUGAUGUGCCGUCAAAGCAUUUGGAUGACAACAUGACUACAGAUAAGAAGGUUGACCCUGGUGGGAGGACUUCAUCAACAUUCCCAAGAAAACCCUCAGAUAACAUUAUUCGUCUUGACGAUGGAAAUGCCCCCAAAAAACCUUUAGUGGAAUUAAGUUUUCCGCCUAAGUUCCCCCUUGAUCCCAGGGUACCCGUUAACUCUACCAAACAAAGGGAGGAGACUUAUGAAUGGGCCCGCUCUGUCUCACCUGCACCUCAUUCUAUCUACCAAAGUCCAGUCGAUGAACAAGUUAGACAGAUAACCAAAGAAAACACCUCGUACAUCCGUCAUCCUGCUAAGCACAAAGGGGAACUACCAAGUGGAAGACAGUCUGGAACUAUCCCCGUCAGGUCUAAAGAUGGAGAUCUGGUCCUGGGCUCAGAUGGCAAACUGUAUCGUCUCAAAUCUGGACCACCAGGCAGAAUGGGUCCUCCCGGGCAGGAAGGCUUCCCUGGAGAACCCGGCUUGCUUGGGUUUAAAGGUGAUAGGGGUAAGAUCGGCCCUGAAGGGAGUCCGGGAAAAAGGGGUGAGCGAGGACCUCCAGGACCACCGGGUUUACCAACCCUUUACCUUUGGAGGAACACUGCUGAGGAAUGGGCUGCCUUCCAGAAAACAAAUUUCUACCAGAUGCUCCGUGCCGGUUGGCCUAGUGAAGAUGGUCCUGCUGGACCACCGGGCGAGAUCGGCAAGACUGGCAUGCAGGGCCCUCCCGGUGAACCGGGGGAACGUGGGCGACCAGGGAUGCCAGGAGAGAUGGGUGAGCGGGGACCCAGGGGGCCUCCAGGAAGAGCUGGGGCCCCAGGCAGAGAUGGGGAAGAUGGAGAAGAUGGCCAGCCUGGGUCACAUGGUGUUGAUGGGUCACAGGGUCCGUGGGGCUACCGGGGUGAGCGAGGGUCCAAAGGGGAAAAAGGUGAUGAGGGCCUCAUGGGCCUAAAAGGUCCCAGAGGGGAAACUGGAGAACCAGGCGACAAGGGUUCGACUGGUUUACCGGGGCCACCUGGUCCUGUUGGCCUCAGGGGACCUCCUGGGAUUCGAGGUGGUUAUGGCCCAGAGGGCCCGCGUGGACCUGACGGGGAGCACGGACUGGAUGGUCUUCCAGGUUCGCUGGGUCCACCGGGUGCACCAGGCAUUACAGGACACGUCGGUGCUCAAGGAGUUAAUGGCUCAAGGGGGGACAUAGGCCCUGCAGGCAGCGUCGGCCGCAAAGGCCCACAGGGGCCCCCAGGUUUGGAGGGACAGAUGGGUCCUCCAGGAUCCAGGGGUCCCCAAGGAACUCCGGGACUGAGCGGUGGAGCAGGGCCGAAAGGAGAUCCUGGGCCUGUGGGUGUCAUGGGUACACGGGGUGAACCCGGCUUUGAAGGGCAAGUGGGUGCACCAGGGCAGCCGGGUCCACCAGGGUUCCCUGGAGUGCCGGGUCCCUGUGGCCCAGACGGAGAAAAGGGGAUUCCAGGACCUAAAGGAGAUAAGGGUGUGCAAGGGGCAGCUGGAAUUAGAGGUCCACAGGGAGAGAUGGGCCCUGCCGGAUUUCCAGGUUACUUUGGGGGGAAGGGUCAGCCUGGCCCCAAAGGCAGUGAGGGCGGGAAUGGUGAAACUGGUCUACAGGGAGAACAGGGCAGUAGUGGACUAAAGGGAAACAGAGGACCAGAUGGCCGAACUGGCAAACGUGGACCCAGAGGGAACAAGGGUCGGCCAGGACAAAGGGGACACAGCGGCCAACCAGGACCAUCGGGUUCGGCGGGUAACCCUGGACCAGUGGGACCAGAAGGAAAGCCUGGUACACAGGGACCCCUGGGUGUGACUGGCCUUGUGGGUAAUAAAGGGCCCAUGGGUUUUCAAGGAAUUUCUGGAGAAAGAGGACCUGAUGGACAACCAGGUUCUAUGGGCCCACAAGGGCCACCAGGACCUCAGGGCAUGCCCGGAGACCCAGGAGAAACGGGUUUUACAGGCAAACCUGGUAUAGAGGGAUCGCAGGGUCCAGUUGGAAUGUAUGGUAUCCCAGGCAAUGUGGGCAUGCGUGGGCACCCAGGUCCCAUCGGAGAGAGGGGAGAAACAGGUUUGCGAGGCUUGCCGGGGCCUGUUGGAAAGCCAGGGUCUCCAGGUCCACCAGGACACCCUGGGGAGAAAGGAACACAAGGACCAAGGGGUCGACCUGGUGAUGAUGGACCUAAAGGGAUUCAGGGGGCACAAGGUGCUACAGGGCCACCAGGUGACGAUGGAGCCACUGGGAAACCUGGACCCAGAGGAGGUAAUGGACCUUCUGGACCUCAGGGCCCUCAAGGGCCAACAGGAAUCUCAGGCCUCCAAGGUGCUGUUGGAUUAAUAGGAGAAGCAGGAGAAAGAGGGGACAAGGGUUUACCUGGCGUAGGUGGGGAUGCUGGCCCUUUUGGACUAGAUGGACAGCAGGGUCUUCCAGGCCACACAGGCGAUGAUGGACCACCGGGAGGGAAAGGAGACCUGGGAGACCCAGGGCCUCGUGGAAAACCUGGUCCUCUAGGGCCUUUGGGAGAGAGAGGACUUGGGGGCCCCAAAGGUUUACAGGGACCACCAGGACCUAUUGGUAACGAGGGAGAUGUCGGCCAUCCAGGUGAAGCAGGAGAUCCAGGUUCUAAAGGAAAUAAGGGCGAGGUGGGACUUCUGGGAUUCUCUGGUCCUGAGGGCCCCUGGGGAGAACUUGGAAAAAAUGGUGAAAGAGGCCCAAAGGGAGAGAAGGGCAACAUUGGAUUAAUGGGUGAACCAGGAUUUAUAGGUGAAUUGGGCCCUGCAGGUCUGAUGGGGUUAGAGGGAAGCACUGGAACCUCUGGACCACUGGGGCCAAACGGACUUCAGGGACAGAAGGGGGAUUCUGGGGACACUGGAAUAACUGGACCUCCUGGAUCAAGAGGCCCUGUGGGAAUACCUGGUGCACGGGGGAUCAGAGGAGACAGUGGCAAGCUGGGACCCCCUGGUCCACUAGGAGGGGUUGGACCUAAAGGUUACCAAGGAACUAAAGGGCAACCAGGACAACCAGGAAUGAAAGGAGAGCCAGGAGCUCCAGGCCCACCAGGGCAACAGGGAGAUGAAGGCUUGCCAGGUAUUCAAGGUCCCCCAGCUUUGUCUGGCAUUGAGGGGCCUCCUGGAGAAAUUGGCCAUCAGGGACCUCCAGGUCCCAUUGGGAAUCCUGGCGUGAAAGGAAGACCAGGACCUGAUGGGAAACAGGGCAUGAAAGGGGAGAAGGGAGAUGAUGGCAAGAGUGGUUCAUCGGGAAAGACGGGUCAUGUUGGGAGAAGGGGAAAACGAGGAAAAGCUGGAGUCAGAGGGACCAGAGGCAUGAGAGGACCAAAAGGUGAGAAGGGCGAAACAGGACUACCAGGCCACCUUAGCUGGCCAGGAAAGAUCGGCAUACCUGGCUUACGUGGAGACAUGGGGGAUCUCGGGGAAAAGGGGAAAGAGGGUGAGAAAGGCGACAUGGGACUACCUGGACCACCUGGACUUGAUGGCCCAAAGGGUAUCCGUGGGCCUGUCGGGUUGCCAGGUGAAGUUGGUCCACAGGGAGGGAAGGGAAAUACAGGUCCAGCAGGGCCGAGGGGCACAACAGGCAUGCCUGGAUUGCCUGGCACGUUUGGGUUCAAGGGUUUGAAAGGCUACCAGGGUUUGCCUGGUCUGCCAGGCAGAAGAGGCCUUCCAGGUCCACCUGGUGUUCCCGGACUGCCAGGACCAUCUCUAAACAUGACACUGACAGAGCUCAAGGAAAUCAUGUAUGUGUCCGAUAAGCCCAACCUCCAUUUGAUCCAGACUCUUCUGGAUUCUCUAGAGCAGGAGCUUCGACGCCUGGUGGAUCCUCCCGAUGGCACCAAAGAGCACCCUGCCACCACAUGUCUAGAACUUUGGCUCUGCCACCCAGAAUACACCAGUGGAACGUUUUACAUCGACCCAAACCAAGGGAGUCCUGGCGACGCUCUGCUGGCCUAUUGCAUCUUCUCCAGCACAUCAAUACAGACCUGCCUUCAUCCUCAAGAUUCUCAGCUGCCCAUAAAGGCCUGGAUGGAAGAUUCUUCUGCUAACAACUCCUUUCAGUGGCUCAGCAGACUGGACCAAGGCUUUCAUUUCAUUUAUCCAGGUGCCGAUGUGGUCCAGAUGCGUUUUCUCAGGUUGCACAGUAGCACGGCCACACAGAAGAUGACCUACGCCUGCCACCCAGGGCACAUAUUGGGUCAGUCGGAAAGGGACAUCAAAUUCCUCACUGACACACGAAAACAAAGUUUCCUCGGAGCGCUUCAAGACUGCGUGCCUGCAGAACAUACGGUUUCCGGACCCCGGGAGUCGGUGUUUGAGUUUGAGGACCUCCACCUUCUUCCUCUGAGAGAUGUGGCCCCGAUGGGAGGUGGCAACUUUUCGCAUCCCUUUGGCUUCAGUGUCGGACCUGUUUGUUUCAGUUAGAAUAGUUUGACCCCCAUGCCAUCCCAGACAAAGUUCAGGCCCCGGACGCAAAUACAAGACAAAUGCCUCGUCUCCCAGAGAACCCGCAUUGUUUACAGACACUUUAAAACUGUACUGAAUAAUUUAAAAUGUCUCGUUUUUAAGUUUCCCUGCAUUGUUUUUCAUUUUUGUUUGACAUAAUGUAUAUAAGGUUUGUAUUACUUACUACUCGCACAAAGUUAGGCUUUUGGGUGAAAUUUCAGAAUGGAUCUAAAAUGCACGUUUACAGGUGAACUUAUUUUUUAUGCUAUUUUUUAAGCUAAGAUGUUCAACGUGUCUAUUAUGCUUUGCACCCGUUACUGUAGUGUGCAAGGCCGUGGUGGCAGCAUCUCACACAGAGCAAAAAGGAAUACAAAAGGCAAAGUGCCUUCAUAAAAAAUAAAUAAAAACAGCAGGCAAACAGGGUUACAUAAAUUCACCGUGGGAGGUGGAAACAGGAAUGCGCCCGAGCAGGAGAAUAAUUCAGGAAACAAGAAAACAACUAAGUUAAAGAAGGAAAUCACAAGUUCAUAGGAACAAAACAAUGAACCGCCCGCUAGCCAAAGCUCCAGCUGAACUAAAUAGUACCCUGAUAAAAAUAUUAGAUCUGCACAAUCUUUUUUUUCAAACGGAUACCGAUAACUGACUUUUUUUUACAUCUACUUUUUAAAAAAUUCGUACUUGUUUUUGUAAUUUGUUUGUAAAGACUGUAGUUUGUACACACCUGGCGGUAAGAAGGACAUGAACAAAUUUGGAUUUGACCAACUGUACCUGUUGAUUCGUUGCUCAUCAAAUAUCAUGACAUUACCACUACCACAUCACUAUGAGGGGAGCAUAGAGCAGGAGGAUCCACCCGCUGUGACCCAGCAAAGUGUACUAUUUUUGGACACGUGCUCCUACAAAUGUCAGGAGAACCGGAGUAUAGAGCAGGAGGAGCCACCUGGCGUGCCCCGGUAAGGUGCACUGUAUUCAGGCACACGCUCCGAGCAAUGUGUGUGACGCAAAUGAACUAUUAAAAUAUAUAUAUUUUUAAGCUGUACUAUGAGAAAGAAACGGGCCGCACGGUGGUCUAGUGGUUAGCAUGUUGGCCAACACAGUCACAGUCUGGAGAUUGGGAAGGCCUGGGUUCGAUUCUCCUUGGGCAUUUCUGUGUGGAGUUUGCAUGUUCUCCCCGUGCAUGUGUGGGUUUUCUCCGGGUACUCCGGUUUCCUCCCACAUUCCAAAAACAUGCAUGUUAGGUUAAUUGGCGACUCUAAAUUGUCCAUAGGUAUGAAUGUGAGUGUGAUUGGUUGUUUGUCUAUAUGUGCACUGCGAUUGGCUGGCGACCAGUCCAGGGUGUACCCCGCCUCUCGCCCGAAGUCAGCUGGGAUAGGCUCCAGCAUACCCCCGCGACCCUAAAGAGGAGAAGCAGUAUAGAAAAUGGAUGGAUGAGAAAGAAACAAAAUACAAUAAAGUUUUAAUUUCUGGAAAAUUAGGUUGGGGAAAAUGUUAUAACAUUAUGAGAAUAAAGUCAAAAUAAUAAGGGAAUAAUGUCAGAAUAUUGCGAGAAUACAAUUUACAAGAAGAAAGUUGAAAUAGUUGGGAAAAAAUAAGAGCUGAAAUGGAUAAAAACACUAAUUUUAUGAGAAUAAAGUCUAUUCUAAUGAGAAAAAAGUUGCAACUUUAAGAGAAUAAACCUGUAAAAUUGUGAGGAAAAAGUGUCAUUUUAGUAGCAUCGAGUUGAAAACAAUGUAUGUAUUUUUCGUAAUAAAUUGUAAUUUCUGGAAAAUUACGUUGGGGGGGGGGCUAUAUUUUAUAUAUGGGAAUAAAGUCAUAAUAUUAUAAGAAAAUGGAAAAUGUACGACGAUUACUUAUGAAGAAUGUUGAAAUAUUUGGAAUUUUUUUUUUAAAUAGCAAAAAUGGGAAGUUCAUACUUUUAAUAAUAAUAUUAAUAAUACGCUUUUACACCGAUAUCACAAAGCUGUCUCAAAGUGGCCCUUGCAUCCUUUCAUUUUUCAGUAAGUGUCCCUCGGUGGAAAAAGUGUGAACCCCCUGGCCUACUGUGACAAACAGGAAAUAGACAUCCAAAAUAAAAGUCUCGAUCCAGGAACAUACAGUACAGUAAGGGGGAAAAGCAGAAGUCCAACUUUCAAUAGUUUUUGCACAACUUAGUCUCUGUGUUGUAACCUGUUGAUGACACUCUAAGCUCAAUGGCCACUUCUGUUUUUGAAGCCUGGCAGUGGCGACGUACUGUGGAUGAAUUUUAAGGCGGGGUCUUGGUCUCAUGAUGGCAAAAUGUGAAAAAAAAAAACAAUUCUAAUUGAACCGGGAUUCUAAUUUCUUGCUCCACUCAUGGAUCACACGCCUUUAGGAAUUUUGCCGUUGCCUACAAUUGGACAUGUGCAUUCAGAAGUUUUAAAAAGGUACAAUUAAAUUCACUUAUACAGGUUACAGUGCAUUUUAAAUCCAUCCUGAAAUUUCAUCUGAUUAUCUCUACCUUGUGUAUAAAUAUGGGUCACACAGCACACACUUCAUGGGCGAGCCGUCAAGGUGCUAGAACUUCCACCCACAUCUAUUAUAGUCUACAGUCAGCUCUAUGUAGACUAUAAUCCAUCCUUUGUGUGAUAGUUUUACUAUUUUAGGAAUACUUGGUGCUCUUUCGUCAUCAUUCAAACUGUUUUCCAUGUGUAUUUAACUGUACUGUAUGUUCUUUAUGUCUCAGGUAUGGUAUUUAGAUUCUCUAUACGCGGGCUCGAAAGCCAUUUUGCUCCCAUCUGUUCAAUGAGUUACGUUACAAGAGAAAUUACACCAAGGCUGGCAAUGGCCAAGACCAAAACCAACUGACCGUCUUGACUUUUAUUUCCCCUUACUCCAUGGGUGUCCAAAGUGAAGCCGGGGCAAAUUCAAAAAAUACAAUUUAACAAGAAAAAUUAAUUAAAAAUACCACCAACAACAGCAAAAAUGGAAAAAUCUGCAAUAAUUUUUCCUGAAUAAAGUCAAAAUAUAAGGAGAAAAAAAGUUGCAAUUUGAUGAGCAAAUGUUG